UGCUCCGCGCUGAGGAGUGAAAAGAGGGAGGAGGAGAGCAGCGAGGCAGUGGGACUCACAGCACACAGCUCUCUGUUGUUGGAGACACUUGAGGGAUUCACAAUGGGCUCUGGAACCGCGUCCCGGGGUUUGGAGCUGUUUGUGGUUUUGUCUCUGCUGCCCCACUUUAUCUGCGCGAACCGGAUUAUCAGAGACACACCGGAGCCUCAGAAGUCCACCAUCACCGGACUCGGGGUGAAGGAGCACUCGCAGAUUGUUGCCCAGCACAAUAGACUGCGCAGCCGGGUCAAACCGAUGGCAGCUAACAUGCAAAAAAUGGAGUGGAAUGAGAAGUUGGCCUUACUUGCAAAAGAGAGAGCUGCGUCAUGUCACACAGACCCGCCUCCUCAGCACUCCUCAUCGUUCAGUCACAUCGGCUGGAACUCACAUCUCUCCGCUUAUGGUGUCACCUCAUUUUCGAACGCUAUUCACUCUUGGUUUGAGGAAGGAGAAGAUUACCUUUACACGAGUGGACAAUGUAGAGAGAACACAACCUGUCAGCACUAUACACAGUUGGUGUGGGCCACUUCGAGUCAUGUGGGAUGUGCCAGCCAGCUGUGUCUGAGAGACGGAGACCUCUGGGAGAUGUUCGUCUGUGCAUAUUACCCCGGGGGUAACUGGGAGGUGAAUGGUCGGCUGGUGAUGCCCUAUAAGAAGGGGCUGUACUGCUCUCUGUGCACCUCUUCUAUGUCUGGCUGCUUCAGACUGUGGGACCACGUAGGAGGAUUAUGUGAGAUUCCAAAGAAUCCGUGUCGGAUGAGCUGCGGUCAGCACGGCCAUCUGAACAUCUCAUCCUGCAAGUGCACGUGUGAGCCGGGCUUCACCGGACGCCUCUGCCAAGUACGGUGCAGCAUGCAGUGUGUACACGGUCGUUUCAAAGAAGAAGAAUGCUCUUGCCUGUGUGAUGUUGGCUAUGGUGGUGCUGAGUGUGCAGAGAAAGUGCAGUUUCCCUUUCACAGCUGUGAUGUGAUGAUAGAUGGUGAUUGCUUCAUGGUGUCUUCAGAAGCUUCCACCUACUACGGAGCCAAAAGUCACUGUCAGGACCGAGGAGGUAUUCUAGCUCAGAUUCACAAUCAGAAGGUUCAGGACAUCCUGGCGUUUUAUCUCAGUCAGCUGGAGACGAGCAACGAGGUCACUAACACUGACUUUGAGACAAGAAACUUCUGGAUUGGUUUGACAUACAAGCCUCUGAAAGACUCAUUUCGCUGGGACACAGGAGAGAUCCCUGGAUACAGCAGCUUUGCCUUUGGGCAACCUGACAACCAAGGCUUUGGAAACUGUGUGGAGCUGCAGGCGUCAAGUGCUUUUAACUGGAACGACCAGCGAUGUAAGACCCACAACCGAUACAUUUGCCUGCAUGCUGCAGAGCACAUCGCCCUGUGGGAGGACGACAGGUGACCUGGAUUUCUCAAAGGGGUGAAACUCUGUGUGCUGUACGUGUUUAAAGUUGGUUGGGAUAAUGGCCAUUAUUGUUGUUGUUUUUUAAUCCUUGUGCACAUAUUAAUGUAGUUUAGAUGUACUAUAUAUACUGUACAUGCUUGAAUGUUUAAUGCAAAUGUUUAAUCAUUAAAUG